GGUGCGUCGCCGGCUCGCCGCCACCUCGGGGGUUCGCCUGCUUCGCGAGCUAGAGGUGUAGAGGAGGGCCAUGGCUGGAGCCUCGCCGUCGGCGCGCACCGAGGCGGUCGUCCCGCCGGACUGGGCGUCCGCCACCGCUACCGUGUCCUCCGUGCCCUCGCCUCCGGUCGUCGUCGUUUGCGGGCCCAAGAACGCCGGCAAGUCCACCUUCUCCCGCCUCCUCCUCAACUCGCUACUCCCCAGAUACGGGAGAGUGGGGUAUUUGGAUACGGACGUCGGGCAGCCGGAGUUCUCGCCGCCGGGGUGCCUCUCGUUCAACGUCGUCGGCGAAGCUUUCGAAGAUUUGCUCAACCCAACUCUACGUGAGAGUGAAAGGUGUUGCUUCUUCGGUGAUAUUUCUUCAAAGCGAGAUCCAGAAACAUACCUGAAUUGCCUGUUUCAUUUGUAUGACUACUUUGUUGAAAAAUAUCGAUGUGGUGCAAAUGAAAUGCUACCUUUAGUUGUCAACACUCCUGGAUGGGUGAAAGGUGCUGGUUUUGAUAUGCUUGUAGAGAUGCUAAGGUAUAUCUGCCCCACAAUUGUUGUUCAGAUACGCAUCUCUGCGCAGAGCAAGAAUCUCCCUGAUGGGAUGUUUUGGUUAGAUUGUGGACAAACAGGACCAAAUAUGAUCAACAUCGAUGCUCCAUUCCAUGAUGUUUUCAAUAGAUCGUUGUUAAUCCAGAAGGACUCCUAUGGAAUGCGUGAGCGCCGUCUUGUAGAGUACUUCAAGCAAUGUUUUCCAAGUGACAUAUCGCUGACAACAAAUAAGGAGCUUGCCUAUGCCCUAACUUCACUUCCGCCCUAUGAAAUAUCAAUUUCAGAUGUUAUGGUUAUACAUCUUCAUUACGAGGUACCUCCAAGUGAGGUAUGGCAUAGCCUGAACGCUACCAUAAUUGGUUUGGCCAUCAGCUGUGACACAACCGAGGCAGGUCGUUCAAUUCCUUGGUGUGCUGGCCUUGGUAUCGUCAGAGGUGUGGAUGUGCAAAGAGGCAUACUAUAUGUGAUAACUCCUGUUCCUCUGGAGCACCUUCAAAGUGUUGAUCUCUUGCUUCAGGGACUCAUUGAAAUCCCAAAAUCACUCCUGCAGGUCCGAGGAUGCGUGUCACCAUACAUGCCAACAAAUGUACUGCACCGGAUAUCAGAGAGGGUAAACAGUUGAAUCGACGUCGGAUGCAAAUAAUGCAUCUUAGAGGGAGAUGCAUGUGAUGAGAUGAUCCUGAACCUGCACAGAACAGAACAGAACAGAGCCAGCUCUGAUUCACAGAUGCAGAUUUGUAUCCUGCGGCAUGUCUUAGUAGUAGUAGCCCUUGCUCGUGGAAACGGUUCUGUACAAUUCGUGGAGAGAUCGGAAAGAUCAUUCCUUCUUUUUUUCUCUCUAAUCCAUUUGAUGAUCAAGAUUGGCUGUGAAACUAUUAACUCUAUGAAGCACAAGAAUUUGACAGUUCUCUCUUUUUUUUUUUGCCUAAUCCAUUCUGUGAUUAAGAUUGGCUGUGAAACUGAGGCAAAGCAACUCCACGAGGCAUAAGAACAUCU